AUCAGAUUUUCUCAAAGCGUCACUUUUUGCACUUUUUGCAAUGCAGCAGCAGCAGCAAGACGACGCGCAGCCCGUGCCCGCGUUCGUCGCGCGCCUCGCCAACGCCCGCCGGAUUUCCGUGAUGCUCAAGUCCAUUCUGCUUACUGAUAAGAACGCAGUAGCCACUGUCUUCAUUCUGCCAGGCGGGAUCAAGUUUGUCGCCGAAGACGCCAAGAGCAUGCAGGCCAACGCGUUUCUUCAAGCUGCAAUCUUCUUGCAAUACACUUGCCCUGCGGAGCUUCCGCCCUUCAAGAUCCAUCUGGAAAAGCUUCUAGAUUGUCUCAACAUUUUCUCAAGCGGAACGGCGCCGGCACCAGCACCAACCGCACUCAAAUUGACGUAUUGCGGACCAGGAUCGGUGCUGAACUUGUUAUUGGAAGAAGGCGGUGUGUUUGCCGAUUGCGAUCUGCGCACGCUCGAGCCUGACGAUAUUCUGGACUUUGCCUUCAACAGCUUUGGCGUUCACAACAAGCUCAUUGUGAAGUCAGAAGGCAUGAAGGGCGCAUUUGCCGAGCUGGAUACCUCGAGCGAGUUUUUGGAAGUGGUCAUGUCGCCCGAUGAACCGUAUUUGCGGCUUUCCACAACAGGCCAAGCUGGCCAAGUGAAUGUCGACUUCCCCUUUGACUCUUUCGUCAUUGAAACGUUCGAGUGCUUCCGACCGCAGUGCAACCGGUACCGAAUGUCUUUGAUUGCCCCUUCCAUCAAGGGUCUGGCAAUCUCCACCAAGACGUCCAUGCGCAUGAAUGCGCGCGGCUUUCUGUCCUUGCAGUUUAUGAUUUCCAACGAGGACAGCCAAGUCAGCUUUGUCGAGUAUCUGUGCGCGCCAGAAGAUGCGAACGAGGACAGCGAGCGCGACGAGGAGAGCGAGCUCAGCGGCACGGAUUCGGCACACCUGCUCGAUGGGCAGCCCUCGUACGCGCACCACGAAGUCUCUGCGCCCAUGGAGCAGUAGCUUUUGUCCUGCGUCUGCUGUUGAUACCUGCUGGGGAAACAUGUACUUUACGAGCGGUUGCGAUGUAUUUAUGUUAAUAUGAGCUGUACUUUAACGAUUGUUUGCUUCCUUUCGAAUCCUUUCGAAUGUUUUUGCUCCUUGCCAAAAAACCG